UCCUCCUCCUACGUAACCCAGUAAAAAAAGCAAUUUCUAUAUAAAUUGUUAGGAAAAUAAACCCAAAGUGCCAAUGUGAAAGAGAUCGGUGUUUUUGUUUUAGUUUUUGACUUUUUGGUUUGUCACGACUUUGGCUUGAAACAAUUAACCAGCAAAGAAAAAAACCAAAAAAAUUAAGGUUAGGAUCACUUCGGAGGGUUUCCAAGACUUUACUCGAAGAAAACUUGAAAGUUGAAAGCUCUCUUCAGACAUUAAAGAAAGAAGAUGGAGAUCGUUUACCAGCCCUAUGUUGAUCCUGAGUUUGAAUCCCUUUUUGAAAGAAUCCAUCCUCCCAGGGUUUGUAUCGACAACGACGCAUUCCGGGACUGCACGCUUAUUAAGGUGGAUAGUGCAAACAGGCACUGGAUUUUGCUAGAGAUGGUCCAAGUUUUGACAGAUCUUGACCUUGUUAUAUCCAAAUCAUACAUUUCCUCCGACGGUGGAUGGCUCAUGGAUGUGUUCCAUGUGACAGACCAGCUUGGGAACAAACUUACUGACGAGACCCUUAUUCUUUACAUUCAACAGGCACUUUGUGACACUAGGAGGAGAGGAGGGAUACCAAAGGAGCUACAAACAUGCCUUAAAAGAGAGGUAAGGCCAUGCCAUGUAUCAACAGAACAUACAGCCUUGGAGAUGACUGGGAGGGACCGGCCUGGCCUCAUGUCAGAGAUAUCAACAGCUCUAUACGAAUUAGGAUGCCAUGUCACUGCAGCAGUCCAAUGGACCCAUAAUUCCCGCAUGGCCUGCAUAAUCCAUAUAGAAGAUGGGAUCCAGGGAGGGCCCAUCAUGGCGCCGAAACGGCUUGCUCAAGUACAAGAAAAGCUAGAGAGUGUAGUUGAGGCCCAUAAUGAGAGUGGAGAGCAGAGGAGUGUCCGGUUAACUGCUCCGGCAGCCGGUAGGACACAUACAGAGCGGCGGCUUCACCAGUUGAUGUAUGCCGAUAGAGACUACGAGCAGUGUCAAGGCUGCGAUGGCAGCUGCAGGCACUGGAAUGGGUGUACGAAGACUCAUGUGACCAUCGAGACAUGCAGGGAGAAAGGGUACUCGGUGGUCAGUAUGAGGAGUAGAGACAGAACCAAGCUAUUGUUUGAUACAAUUUGUGCCUUAAGUGACUUGCAAUAUGUGGUGUUCCACGCAGCAGUUAGCUCAAAGGGCUCCAUGGCUGACCAGGAAUAUUUCAUAAGGAGGCAGGACGGAUGCAGUUUGAUUACACAGAAUGAAAGACACAAACUUACACAAUGUUUGAUUGCAGCAACCGAACGAAGAGUCUCCCAUGGGUUGAGGCUGGAUUUAUGUACUCAAAAUAAGAUGGGGUUACUCUCGAAUGUGACCAGGGUGUUUCGAGAAAAUGGGCUAUCAAUAAACAGGGCAGAAAUUGGGAUACAUGGGGAGAGAGCAGUCGGAUCUUUCUAUGUUACAGAUGCUUCAGGGCAUGAUGUAAAUCCGAGGACGGUGGAAUUGGUGAGACAGGAGAUUGGGGGGUCUGUUUUGGUGGUAAACAAGUCCCCCAACGGGACUUCUCGAGCUUCUUCAUCAAGUAUUAGCAGAAGCGGUAGUGGUGAAGUGGAAGAAAGGCCAAGAUUUUCAUUAGGAAAUUUGUUAUGGUCUCAGCUUGAGCGACUUUCAGGGAAUUUCGGGCUCAUUAAAUCAUGAGUAGUUCCUAAUUCAGGAACUGCUUUCAAGCUGUACCCACGACCUUGUCUGUACAUAAGUCUGCAUAAAUAAAAUACUAGGGUUUUCUUAAAAAAUAUAUUGUUCUCUUGGAAGUCAAUGUCAUCGUCAUUGUUUGGUCUACAUGUUAAGCUUUUCUUGGAACAGACAAAUCAGUAAAUGCUUACACU